CGAUGAAAUGGAAAGUCCUCUGUUUUUCUUGACGGUGAGCGUAUUAAACAAGACUUGGCUGCAAAGUUGCUGACUUCCCAGGGUCUGAGCUUAAACAAGGCAAACAGAAAAUUGCGGACGAUGUUGAAAAAAAUCCGGAAGAUGUCUGCAUUGUCGCCGGAAUUAGUCACCGAGAUUCUCCUGCGCCUUCCGGUGAGUUCACUCUUACGAUUCAGAUGCCUUUCGACGUCACUCUGCACUGAAAUUGAUAGUGAAAAUUUCGUCAGGAGUCAUCUCAACAGAUCAAUCCAGACGAAAACCCGCCAAAAGCUAAUCGUCUACAACCCAAGAUUCAAGGGUCCAAGCGGUUUCUACUAUGCUGAUUUUGAUGAUGACCUCGUUGAUGCCUUCCCACUCAACAAACCACUGAUAUCUCGUCAUCGCGGCACGUCCGUCUACGGCUCUUGCAACGGUUUAAUUCUCUUGGGUAUGGAUUUUCAAGUUAAAAGUAUGGAUCUUGCCAUAUGGAACCCAUUCACCCGGCGGUACAAGAGUUUACCGCCUUGUCCAGUCCAAACCCUUCCUGAGCAUGGAGGAUUCAUGAGUUCUGGUUUAGGGUAUGAUUCAGCUCACGAUGACUAUAAGAUUGUGAUCAUUUCAAAGGUUCAUGACUCUAAUCGUGUGUUUUCUCAAGUCUGGGUUUUUGGGUUGAGAUCAGAUUUUUGGAGGAGGAGCCGAGAUUUGGAAGAUGAAGUUACCACAUCCGUGGGGCGUUUUGCAAAUGGUGCUCUGUACUGGGUAUGUAAAAAUAAGGGUGUUGGUUUUGAUGUUGCCAAGGAGGUGUUUUUUGACAUCCCGCUAUUGGCUGAGUGUGCCCCAGCACCUUUCUUUUUCGAUUCCUUCGAUUCCUUGGUGGUUUUCGGAGGUAACCUUUAUUUUCGUAAAUUGCAUGGUGAAACUGUAGAAUUUUACUUGCUUGUUAGUGAUGUGAGUGAUAAGAGUGGAGAAGAAGUUGUAGGAGUUAGUUGGAGGAAAGAAUUCACUUUGCAUGACCUAUUCCCGCUUUGGCCUUUAGCUUAUUCAAAGGAUGGGGAUAGCAUUCUGAUUGGUGACCUAAGUGGGGUUUUUUGGCAUAACCUUGAAAACAAAACAAACCAAAGGGUGAAUAUUCCUAGGGUGCCUAAGUUUUUCCUUUUCGGGUACAGAUACAAUGUUUGUUGGGAAAGUCUUGUUUCUGUUGGCAAGGAUAGUGCAUUUGAUGGAGCAGCUGAGGAAAUGAGAAUAGACGAUUUAGAUGAAGAAGUAGAACAAUUUGAAGCUGACAUCGAACAAUUCGAAGCUGACAUCUUUUAGAAGUUAAAGUUUAUAAAGACUAAUAGCUUUUGUUAUAUAUAUGUAGUGAAUGGAUAUGUUUUUGGUUAGUAAGGAUGAUUGUAUUUCACUGAAAUUCCAUGUCAAACCCAAUUUCUGUUUUAACCCUUCUCCUUAUAAAUCCAAGUUUAGUACCUUUUGUGGAAUUUUGCAUGGUUUGAAAUGGACAUGGGGAAUUCCCUUUUAUUUAUAUGGGAACUCUGCUUUAGACAUGUAUCAUGUGUGGCAAUGUAUGUUAUAUAAGCUUGUUGGUUAUUCCUUAGAAACAGGUUGAAAACUACUUUUCUGCCUAACGGAGGUAUGAUGGUGUAGGGUGCAUGUGUGUUGUGUGCAUGGGGUAGGGAACAUGUGAACACCUAUUUUUUUGAGUGCGUGGCUGUGUGUUUGGGCAGCUAUAAAUAUGAUUUAGGUAC